AUGGCUGUCGGAGAAUCCAUAGUAACAGAUCCAUUUGCAGACGGAGCUAUCGGCAUCGACAUCGUCAUAAGCAUGAUCGUCGUUCCCAUCGACAUAAUCAUGAUCGUCAUUCCCGUCUCAGCGCGGCUCGACGGGAGUCGUGGCCAUAGCAGAUCCAUAACGGCCACCACCUGGGGUACAUCCUCCGUGCGCAAAGACACCGUAGGCGCUCAGCACUAG